AUGCAGUUCAGCGAUCUUCCUGCGGACAUAUUUCAGCUAAUCCUGCCAAAACUUGACGCUAAAUCGCGAACUAAUCUUUCUUGUUGCUCAAAGGGCCUUCAUAAUUUUGAUUCGUCGAUCGAAUACAAAUUGCACCGAUUGAGAUUGGAGAAGGACGCGCUAGGAAUCGAAUUCGAAAGAGGCUUCCAUUUGGACGAGGAUGAGCAUUUUUACACCAAUUUGGUUAGCAGAGAUAUUGGUGAAAAUCGCAUUCACGUUUUCGGACUUUCGGCGGGCAGGACCCCACUUGAACAAAGAGGAUAUAUCGUGGAAAAUUCGACAGUGACCGCUGAGAUCAUGAAGCAAGCUGAUGGUAUUCUUCAAAAGGCAAACUACGAGGUCGACCAUUUCAUUUUGCCGAGCGAUCCGAUGGAGCUAAAUUUUAAGAAGAAAAUAAAGGCCAAAUAUGUGAAAAUGCCUAAUUUCGAUAAGAUGUAUCUUGCAGCAUUCUUGAGCAUCGAAGAACUGGAAAUAUGCGACAGAAAAUUGCAUGAUUAUCCGUUUGAUUUCCGCAGGUUGAAGGGUUGGGAGUGGAAACAUGUCAAACGUAUCAAGGGUUCAAUGCUUGGGGAGAUUUGGCCGCAAUUUCUCUGUAAUUGUCACCAUCUCAAAAUUGAUUUUUCUCAAAAUGCGUCGAUUAGUAAGUAUGAGGUUAAUUCGUUUAUUAAGCAAUGGAUUAACAGUUCAAUCAAUUUUCCUUUCGAGCUUAUUACCGCAAAAUUCAAAAUGGGAGAUAUGCUUGAGGCUCUGACAGGCAUUCAGUUUUUCACGUGGAAUGAGAAGUUCACAGAGGCCAAUAAAUCAAAAAUGUCCUCAAAUUUCGUCGACUUUUUGCGCUACUCGGUCGACGUCCAAAUUUAUCACUCGAGUGGAAAAAUGUCGGCGACACUACACGUGUCUCAUCAAUCAGUUGGACGAAUGAAGUUCGUGGUGACUGGCCGUCAGAAUAGCGAUGGUGUCGAAAUGUUCGACGUCGAUCCGACGCUCAUCGAAUUUCCUUUUCCGAGCUCGAAGUUUGAAACAAUCAGGCCGCUGGAUUUCGCGAUGUUAAACGUCGCUCGACCUGAUUUUUCGCGUAUGCCCAUCAUGGAUGUACUCAUCAACAAUCGGCCUCGUGUUCGCAAGGAGAACGAUUUUGCCGAGCUCGCGGCGCCGAAUCCCAGUCUCAGCAAUCCCGUGUUGAUGAUUGAGGCGCUUCGCCAUCCGCCAGCUCGUCGAGAGUUCAUUCCUAAAACAAAUCGUCCUGAUCGCGGGAUUCCGCCACUGCCGAUAAUGUUAGAUUUGAGCCGUACGACGCCGGAUUAUCGGUUAUUCAUUCCGCCGCGCUUCGUUCCGCUUGGAUCGUACGUACCAAGCGCUGCGGUCCGUCGAUUCGGUAACAAAAAAUAUGAGCAGCCGCUAAAAAAUAAUAAAGGGCAUCAAAUGGAUUGGAUUUCGUAA